AUGAGCGACGGAGUGCACUGUGCUGAGGAAAUCCUGGUGGAGGUGCAGAAGAAAUUUGCCCAGUGCGGACAUGCCCUUCUGGCCGACUGGAUUCCUCAGCAAGCGCUUCUUGAGAACCUGGUGCGCACGGCGUUGGCGCGGGAGGACGCCAUCGGCACAGUUGACGCUGUCAAGGCAGAGAUGCGCGACGUCCUUGACCGUGCCUUCGGCGAGGACGGGGCCGAGAAGCAUGCUAAGCCCCAAGAACCGCGAAGGAAACUUCAGUCAGCAUGGUCGGAGGAAGGAGUGGCAUGGCCCGAGGUGGACACCUUCUUGGACGAUUGGUGA